AUGCCCGUUUUGGAAGAAAAGGACGACGUGGGGGCGGACGACGCGUCAUCCCAGCACAUUGGGAAGACCAAAGCAGUGCUUCAACUCCGGCCUGCUCCCACAAAGCUGUCUUCUUUCCCCUGGGCUUUUGGCGACUUUGUUGCAACUGAUAUUUCUGCUGAUACAGGGCCCUUUGCCACCGAUGCCAAAUGUUUUGAUAUGGUUAGACGAAAUGCCUUCUUACACGCAUCUGAAAGUGUCAAUGGUGCGGGGAGGUUUAAGUUCUUUAGGUACAGGCCCACAUCUUACAGCAGCUGCCUUAAUGCCCUUCCCCAGUUGCCUACUUUCAACGGAGAGUAUAGCUGCUUUCAGGAGGGCGCAGCAACAAGUGAACGGGACAGAGAUGCACUCACCAUUGGCAAGUUUGAGCUGCUAGCAUUCUAA